ACCUUUUAUAUAAUCUAUGACGGGAUUUAGUGGGCGUGGAAAGAAUCCAAAUUGAUCUUUUCCUCCCAGAACACGAGAAGAGGAGGGUUGUGCACGGCGUCAGCUUCCCUCCUUGUAUGAUUUAUUAGUUACUGUACUCUAAUAACAUCUCACCGGAAUUAUCCCCUCCCAUAAAAACUUAAACGACACACAAAAACACGCGCGCAUAGAUGUGGUGGAGAUCGGCGUCUUUCAUUCUCGACAAGCAACAGAACGACGCCGUUCCCAAACUACGCAACCCGCCUGACACUCUCACUCCCCCAUCUCCACCGCCUCUCUCCAUGCCCGACACUCUCCGAAACCCUAACCCUCAAAACAACAUCUCCGCUUAUUACCAGACACGCGCCGCCCACCACGCUGUCGUCACCAGCGACUGGCUCGCCCAGGCCCAGGCAGCCGUCGGCAGUGAUCCAGACGGCGCGCCGGAGACCGCUGUCCCCACAGUCGCUGGAAAGCCGUUUAGUGUGAUCGAUGAGUUUAAUAGCUGGAGGAAGCAGCCUGACUUGGCGGAGGCUGUGGCAGCGAUUAGGGCGCUUGCGGCCGUUAUUAGGAACUGUCAGGCUACUACUAUGAUGGAGCUUGAAAUUGAGCUUAGAAAGGCCUCUGAUUCACUUAAAUUGUGGGACACAACCUCCAUAUCUUUGACAGCAGGUUGCGAUCUGUUCAUGCGGUAUGUGACCAGAACUUCUGCUUUAGAAUACGAGGACUUCAAUUCAGCUAAAUCUCGGUUGAUUGAACGUGCAGAGAAGUUUGGAGAGAUAUCUUGCAAGGCGCGCAGGAUCAUUGCCAUGCUUAGUCAAGAUUUUAUCUUUGAUGGUUGCACUAUUUUGGUGCAUGGUUUCUCCAGAGUUGUGUUGGAAGUUCUGAAAACAGCGGCUCAAAGUAAAAAACUGUUUAGAGUUUUCUGCACAGAGGGAAGGCCUGACAGGACAGGCUUACGGUUGUCCAAUGAGCUGGCCAAGCUUGAUGUUCCUGUGAAACUCCUCAUCGACUCUGCUGUGGCAUAUACUAUGGAUGAGGUAGACAUGGUGUUUGUUGGAGCGGAUGGAGUGGUUGAAAGUGGAGGUAUAAUUAACAUGAUGGGAACAUACCUGAUUGCAUUGGUUGCCCACAGCAUGAAUAAGCCUGUUUACGUGGCUGCUGAAAGCUACAAGUUUGCUCGUCUCUAUCCAUUGGACCAGAAAGACAUGGGUCCUGCUUUGCGCCCUAUUGAUUUCGGGGUUCCUAUUCCAUCAAAGGUUGAGGUUGAGACAUCGGCUUGGGAUUAUACUCCUCCUCAGUAUCUUACUUUGCUCUUCACUGAUCUUGGUGUAUUGACUCCAUCUGUAGUCAGUGAUGAGCUCAUUCAGCUAUACUUGUAGUCGUAUAGCUGAAUGUAAUUUUAGACACAGUGCAUAUCUUGGAUGCGUUUGUAUUUUAUUUUUGACAAUUUUGAAUUCAAUGCAUGAGUAUUCAAGUAGAGUCACAGAGGCAAAGUUGUAAUUUCCCAAGUUCGAUCUUAGGUGAAAUUUUGGUGAGGAGGCGAAUUAGAUGAUCAAGAGCAAAUGAGAUCAAGUCCUUUGCGGGUUGCAACUUCAAGAAUUUUCUUGAGCGGAUGCAAUUGGCAAAAGCCGAUGAAGGGUCAAUCAUCAACUCAACCAAGCCAUUGUAUCAACGACAACUUUUCUCUUCUUUUCCUUCUUUUAUUUAGUUUUUUGUUCUUGCAGUUUCAUAUCACCUGGUUGGAGAAAUUCUUCAAAAAAUACACUGCUACAGGAUCAAAAUAAAGCUGCAGUAGUAAAACACGUAGCUGAACUUUUGGUAAAGAGCAAUGAAGCAUUUGUUUUCACAAUCUGGGGUACGGACCAUAGAGGAUGGGUUUAGAAGUUUUGGGGUACAACCUAAAUCUUCGUUGCUCAGUGGCAUUUGAAAUUUAUCAAAAUUAGUUUGGUUUCGUAGAAGAGUUAAUGCUACUGCAUGCAGUCCAGAAUGUCUAGGUAAUAUCAAUGUCCUGUUACUGGGUUGCUACUUGUUAAUCACCCGUAUGAGCUCCAACGUGUUCUUAUUAAUGAACAAAUUUUUCAUGAA